AAUAGAUGAUGUAAUAUCGUGUAGAAUUGUGUUGUUAUUGACAGUAUGCGAGAGUAGUGAUUAAAGUAAGUUGCUAUUUUUACUACGGUAUUUACUGAAUAACUAAUUACGGCUAUCGACUAUUUGUGGUUAGCAUGCUAUCGAGUUAAUAGGAAAAACAAAAUGUUCGUCUAAAAAUAUAUAACAAUUGUAACUAUAAGAUUAAUGGUUUAUUUGAAAGAGAAGAAACGAAAAAGCCGCUUUAAAAUGAUCGAAGUGCUCUUCGUUUGAUUCCGUUUGAUUACAUUUGAUUACGUGAUUAGUGAUUACGUGACUUGUUUAAAGGCGCAUCCGACAAGACAAUGUUCAAGUUCCUAUAAUUGUUCUACAUCCGGCUGGUCAGUAAAGAUUCGUUCCCCGCUUAAUCAGGAGACGAUUAUUUCAAUAAUUUCUGCAAAAUCUAUAAAUCUUAGAUCCAUAAAUCUGGCACAAUACAACUACCACGUGUUCGCGUCGGUGAGAUUGCAAUUCGUCUCGAUCAUCGACGACACUCAUAAUCACAUCAUAAAAAACAGCAUUUGUACUCAUUUUGUUCUUUGUCGAAGUACGAACCUAGCAACGUGAUGGCUGAGUACGAAAGCAACGUAAAGUUUCCUCAUAUUUGCUACCUCGAUUUAGCUGACGAAAAUCUGUUAAGGUUCAGUCCUUUCGACUUAAUAAUCAGUACAAAUAGGUCUUUAAUGUUGGACGACCUGCGCAAAGGAGCAGCAAACCUAUCUAUCGCUCAAGAAAUAAUGUUAAGGAUCCUUUUCGGCCCUAUUGUAUUGCAACCCAUCCAUACUUUAUCUGUCACACCAAGUCAUCUAUAUCUGACAUCACGGUUAAGUUUGAGAUUUUCGACUCCCAAGUGUAUUAUUAAAGGCAUAUGCUUGAAAUUUUCAGCUCUUGAGUAUAUUUUUAAGCUUUACGUUUAAGAUUUUCGUCUCCCAAGUAUAUUUACAAAAAUCACCAUCCAAGACAUGACCAUUCAAAAUGUACUUGGUACUGAAAAUGCCAUUACCUGACUCUUCGAAAUGCACUUGAGUAUCGAAUAUCCAGGUUAUGACAAUUUAAAAUGCACUUUGAUCUCGAUAAUGUCAAAUGUGACUCUUUAAAACAGACUUAGAGUCGAAAAUCCCAGUGAACUUAUUUGGGUUGGGAAAAUCUCAAACAUGACCCUUAAAUUUGCCCUUUAAGGUCCGAAAAUCCCUGUUGCGAUCCCUCAACCAGCUUUGCGGAUAGUCCACAGGCGGCGCCACUUUACAGAUCACAAAAGCGUCCUAAAACCUUGACGACCGCGGAAGCAAUCGUAUUUCGCUAUCGAAAAUCCUAGACCCUUCUGAUCGCCGAUUAGAUGUCAAAAAAUUCAAACGUAAACCUUCAGAACGCACUUCAGAUUCGGAAAUCGCAGAUUCGGUAAUUCUACGAAAUGCGUUUGGGAGGUGGACUUGGGAAGCAUAACUCUUGAAAACACAGGUAGAGGCUGAGAAUUCCAAGCGUAAACCGAAAAAAGAAAGUGGGAUGCAAAAGGAAGAGGAAUAUUACAAAAUGUGUAAAAUCGUUUACAGAUAAAACAAAAAUUUUGGGAGCUCUCUGUGUACACAUGUGUUGAAUACAGAAGUAUGAUGUAACAUGUGUCAGUUACACGCCUGCGCUUUCGCAAGUAAGCUACACUGGCGAAGAGGCCUUCUAACGUCUCACCCCGUAAUUCCGCGAGUGGUGGUACGCAUCGUUUACGAGCGUAGCGAUGAAGGUAGUGGUGACGUUGGUUCUACCGCUAAUCAUUCCUCGCGGGCUAUAUACGUGUUUUUUCGGUCAGUUGGUCAAUCUUCGAAACGCAGUGACGUUGAAUCUUUGCCAUCCGUAUACGUGCAAUUUACUAUGCUUGUGAAACAGAAUGCCAAAGAACAAAACAAACGAUUUUCCGAGUUACGAAAAUUCCAGCUACUCUCGAUGCGAAAUUAUCAUCGAAAUCAAGUUCCAGUGUAGUGACUCGAAUAACAUUUCAUUUUGAUAUGCAAAAACCAACAGUAUGUCCAUCGAGAAAGAAAGAACAAGGAAAUUCUUUGAAAGCGCGCAUGGUAUGAAACUGAGUGCAGGAUUUUAUGUUUUGUUACUUGGGCUUGUAACAACGGUUACUUUUUGCACGGCGAAACAAAUAGAUUCCGACGGAUUUCAUAGAGGUUGUAAACUUGAAGGACUACAUCCAUUUUUAAUCGUGACCUACAAGAAUAUUACAAUAUCUGUAGACAAGAUCACUGUACCACAUGGGGAACGAGUGACGGUAAGAUGCAGAGAACUUGGCAAAUACAAGCUGGUCGGUGAUCCUCUGUUGCAUUGUCGUAAUGCAAGUUGGAGCGGGAAACUACCCUCUUGUACUCCAACGACAGCGAUUUCAAAUUAUACCGGAGAAACAGAGGAUGUACCGCCAACGAUCGUGUUUGGAUUACCGGCCGGUUCAGCUGCCGUCGAGCCAUCCGGUGCUCUCGCCGUUUAUCCUGGAAGCAUUCUUCACCUGGAAUGCCUAUUCGCUAGAAAACUUGGUAAUCCCGAAUGGACUUGGACCUCGACAUUUCGUCAAUACUUGACCGGAUGGGCGAUUGCUGCUCGUGAAAGAGACUGGAAGUAUCGAUUAUCGAUAUAUUAUGCGAAAGCGCAAGAUUCAGGAGUUUACACGUGCUCUACGCCUCGUGGAUUAUCCAACUCCAUACGUGUCCACGUUGUGGAUGUUCAGUGUCCCGUUUUGAACCUACCCAAACCACCGUUAAUCGGUAAGAUCGAAGGUGCGCGUAUGGGUCACGGAGCAACGUUCGAAUGUCCAAUUGGAUUUAAACUAGAAGGCGCAGCUGGUAUAACGUGUCAAUACAACGGUAAAUGGUCAGCCGAAAUUCCGCGAUGCGAAACAAUCGUAUGCCCACCUAUAGAUAAAUUCGAUGAUACAAGGUUGCAACUUCUCGAAUACAACAAUACGUUUGGUCAUAGAGCGGUAUUUGCCUGCAUGUGGGGUCAUAGAUUAUUAGGAUCGCAGAGCAUAGAGUGCCAAGAUGACGGUUCGUGGAGCGGAAGUACGCCUAGUUGCGAGGAAAUCAUCUGCCCGACUCCGUCGAUACCAAAGAGUGGCCGUAUUAUCGAACAAACGAAUCGCCAUAAUUCAGGAAGAAAACAACACCAAACACGUAUGUACAAAGUUGGUGCUCUUGUCAGGUUUGCUUGCGUGCCUGGUCAUCAAUUGUUAGGCGAGGCCUCUGUAAUAUGUACAGAGAACGGAACAUGGUCUCAUCCGCCACCAGUUUGUAAAGUGAGAUGUCCUUACCCAGGCGAUCCGCCCCACGGACGAAUCGCACCUCUUAAAUUUUGGUACAAACCAGGUGAUAAUAUACAGGUAACUUGUUCACCGGGAUACGUUACACCAUUGGAACCCGUAAGGAAGCCAACUUGUCGAGAAAAUGGAAUAUGGAGUGCCCCCCCACCACCUUGUAGGUCAUAUAAAGAUGUUUAAAGAGAAAAUGAAUUCUUUAAAAAUCUCAUCAAUGAUAACCAGUGUCGUACCAAUGUGUUGUAAGGCGCUAACAAACACGCAACUGUAUGUCACCAUAUCGUCCAAUUGCCAAUCGCGCACCGCUCGAUUAAUAAAUUAUGCGGCAAUCUAAACGAUUCCAUUGAAAACAUAUACGAUCUAGAGCACAAAAUAGACCGUGUUUGAUCGUAGAAUAAAUGAUACAUAUCAACGAAGCUACACGAUCGAAUUUGUAUGCAUUCGAAACGAUUAAUCGCCUAACCAGUCGUUUUCUUGCAAUCUCAUAUCGUGAGCGUUGACAUUAUAUCGCUGUUCGAGAUAUGUAUGUAUAAUACUUCGUGCAUAACAAUUUCGAAAACGAUACAUAAACUUACCGUUAGACUCCAGCUCAACGUGGUUAGCUACGUUGUACGUGAAUGCUUAAAUGCAGAUCCGUAAUAAUAUCAGACAUUUUUUUACUAACAGAAUAUUAUUAUAAUAUAUUCCGGGAAACUAAGGAAACAAGAGGAACAACGAUAUUUAAAAACAAAAAUGAUAAAGAGAGAAUUUAGAAUAGGAAAUAGAAUGAGACGACAAAGAUGAUAAAGAAGGAAAAGAGAGAAGAGUAGAAGAAUGGAGGGAAAAGGAGAGAGAGAGAGAGAAAGAGAGAGAAUGUAUGUGAUAAUACGUGUGCAAUAAAUGAAUGCGAUAUAGAUUACACGAUGCCUAAUUCUAACCCUUAGAAGAUUAUAGAAUCUCACAUUUUCCCCUUGUAUGUGAUACGUCUUUGUAUGUAAAAUAAAAUUACGUUAUUCUCUAA